AUGUACUUAGGAUGGGCAGUCCCUGCGGCAUUCCUAGACUUUAGUCAAAGAUUGACAAUCCUAACAUUUUGUAAAUAUGUUGACUUGUUAAGACGCAGGCUGAAGAUCAUUAACAACUAUUUAAAAGCAUUUACGGAUGAAUGCGAUGGAGAUACUGUAACAGUUUUUACAUUAAGAUCUCGAACUAACAAAACAACACAGACAAUCAAUUUCAUUGGCCAUGCAUCAGAUAAUAAUACUAAAAUACGUGAUUUGGCUAGGAUGUACGGCAUGAUUGGUCAAGCUUGUUCUAUGGUCAACAAAAUUUUUAACUUUCAGAUUCUCACUGUACUGUUUAAUUCUUUUAUUUUCAUCAUUACUAUCAUGUGGAUAAGCCUCGUUAUGUACCGGAAUUCAAGUGAUAACUUGGGUUUGUACAUAAAUGUUGUUUUAUCAUUUUUUUGUUGGAUUUGUUACUUACUGUUCAUCACAAUUACAUGCCAGCGUUUGGUUUCAUUACGCAAUAACACAAAAAUUCUACUGAAUAAAAUCGUCAUGAACUAUGAUCUGCCGACGACAAUGAGAGAUCAAGCUAAAGCGUUUAUGCAACUCGUGGAGGCCUAUCCGUUGCGUAUCCACGUUUACGAUAUGUUUUCAAUAGACAUUUCGCUGAUGUUGAAGUUUAUAAGUGUAGCCACAACUUACUUAAUUGUUGUUAUUCAAAUAUUUAACUUCUUUUAAAUUGUCACGAUUUUGUUCAAUUAAAGCAUAGGUUUACUAUGUGAAGAGCCACCUUCAUACGUUUGUAAUG